AUGUCUACUGCUUUCAAGAAAGCCUAAAAACUUGAGAAACUGAACAAGUCCAAGUUUGAAGAAGAUUUAGACGAAAAGAAAUAAAUAGAUUCAGAUUCAUCAUCAGUUGACGAAUCAUCAGACUCCGAUAUUGAGGAUAAAAAAUAAGAUUAGUCUUUGAAUAAGAAAAAAUUAGGAGCCAAAGAUCUUAAUAUUGAUGAUGAGUAGGAUGAGAGUGAAAAGAAAAAUGAAUAUGAAUUGAGUGCAUUCAAGGAUUAGGAUCCACUAUCCAAAGACUGGAAAAAUCGUCAGAGAACUUUGGUUUUAUGUGCUAGAGGAGUCAAUUCAAGAUUUAGACAUCUGAUGAGCGAUAUAAUAGAUCUCUUACCUCAUGGUAAAAAGGAGAACAAAGUUGAGAGAAAGAUUGCAAAGGAUGCUAUAGAUGAUUUAUGCUUCUAGAGAAGUUGCAACAAUUGCAUAUAUUUUGAGCAAAGAAAAAAAUCUGAUUACUUCAUGUGGUUAAUGAAGUCACCAGAAGGACCAAGCAUUAAAUUUGCAGUAUAAAACUUACAUACCUCAGAUGAGCUAAAGCUGACAGGUAAUUGCUUGAAAUUUAGCAGACCUAUGCUCUCUUUUGACAACUCUUUCGAUUCAUCUCCAUUCUUGCAAUUAGUGAAAGAAAUGCUAUCUUAAGCCUUCACAACCCCUAAAAACCACCCAAAGAGCAAGCCAUUCAUUGAUCACGUAUUAUCAUUCAGUUACUAUGAUGAUCGUGUUUGGUUUAGAAAUUAUCAAAUUGUAAACUAACACGAGGAAAAAUUCACAGCUGAAGAUGAUAUUGAAAAGCUUAUGCUAAUUGAGAUAGGACCUAGAUUCUGUUUACAACCAAUCAAAGCUUUCGAUGAUACAAUGGGUGGAGAAGCUUUAUGGUAAAAUCAAAAAUACAUUACACCAUCAAAGCUUAGAUCCCGUAAAUUUGAGCAGUUUGUUAAAAGACGUCAUUAAAAAGAAGAUCGCAAAUAGUAUAAAGAGGUAGUCACUAAAGGAGGUCACGAUCCAGAUGCCUAUCUUUAGGAUGCUUUCAUCUGA